ACUGAUGUUUCGGGUCGGGUGAGAGGGCGGAGUGGUGUUGCAGUAGCGCAGGCUGAGUGUGAGUGGUUGCAUGGCGCUGUGUGUGUGAAUGUUAGUGAGUUUAUCAGGGUUUUACUGGGUUUACUGGGUUUUACUGGGUUCAGGAAGGUUCUGGGUGUCUGUGAGGAGCCGCAGAAGAUCAGCAGGAGCAGCAGGAGAUCAGUAUGGCCUGCGGGAGAGCGUGUCUGAUCCUCCAGCGCCGUCUGGCGACGAGCGCGGCAGCGGAGCGCGUUUCAGCCGCGGAGGUUCGCAGCUGGAGGAGCACCCUGUUCUCUAAAGAGCAGGAGCGCCAGCGUUCCCUUUAUCCACGGAUAGAGAAGAUCGAGGUCACCAUGCAGGGAGCGGGGGUGCAGGGGACACUUCUAGUAAUGAACAAAGGCCUGUCCACCCCGUACAGCUGCUCCAGACAUUUGACAGAUUGGCACGUGAGCAGUGCGGCUCUGGCCCUGGUGGACGGAGAGCCGUGGCACCUUCACCGGCCGCUCACCCGCUCCUGCUCCCUCACUCUGCUCACCUUUAAAGACGCCAACCCUCAGCUUCCCAACCAGGCGUAUUGGCGAUCCUGUGCAGCUUUGUUGGGUCAGGUUCUGGAGGGUGCCUUUAAGGAGGAGUACAAUGUGGAGCUGUUGAGGAUUCCUGAAGUACCGGUGACUGCAGGAGCUUUCUGCUGUGAUUUUGUUCUGGACCCUCAAUUGGAUGCCUGGACCCCCACAGAGGAGAGCCUGCGCUCUUUCACUCGGGACGCUAAUCAGCUCAUCCAUCAAAACUUACCGUGGGAACCUCUGGAGGUGGCGCCCCCUGUAGCCCUGGAGAUAUUCUCUCACAGCAGGUGUAAACAAGAAGAGGUGGAGGAAAAAGCAGCUCAGAGCCCAAACGGCACAGUGUCAUUAUACAGGUGUGGGCAUCAUGUGGUGCUGGCUGGAGGCCCCCUGGUGGGCAGAACAGGCCUGUGCUCUCAGUACGAGGUUACAGCUCUGCAUACAGUGGGAGAAGGACCCUGGGGUUUACAGCGCCGCGCACAGGGACUCUCCCUGCCUGUUAACCUAACGGCUCAUCAUACAGUGUGGAGGAGGCUGAAGCAGAGAGCAGAGAAGCUGGUCGAGAUACACUCAUCUGUGGCCAGUGAAACAAGUGAAACAGAGACCAUACCCACUUCCUCAGAAGCCACAUCCUCUUCUUCCCAGCCAUGAUGUUCGUCCACCCAUAUAUAAUUGUCAUUUGUGUAUUAUAAUGUUGAAUAAACAUAUGCAGCCUUGUA